AUGAUCGAUCAUGGCCGACUUAGCCGUGUAAAAAAAUUGCAGGUCUUCUCCUUUGGUUCGAUUUUCUUAAUAAUCAUAUUCUCCUUCAGUUUCAUCUCCAACGUUUCACUCCAUUCUGUUGCCUCUGAAACCAAAAGAAACCUUCAAGAGCUUCAGACCCAUAAGGCACGGCAGCCAUUGAAGUUAACUUCAAGUCCAGAACUUCACGCCGUGAAAGAAGAGAACCCAGAAGCAUAUACUGAAGAUCAUGCCGUGAAAGAAGAUAACCCAGAAGCAUAUACUGAAGAUCAUGAUCAUUUAGACAGAGAGAGAACGUUUAUGCAACCAAAACGAACAGAAAAUAUCACACUUGCUAAUGGUUUAACUGCGUCAGAGAUAG